AACUUAUCUGUCGUUGGUCGUUUGCGUGUUGCUGUGGGUCGUAAUUAUUUUAAAUUAUAAAAAUAUUGCUCACAACAUGUAUUUGACAUCAUAUCGUAGUAAUUUUAAUGUUCAUUAUGAUUAGUUCAAAUAGAAAAUACCUUUGAAGUAAAGUAUUGUAAUGUAAUAGUGAAUAAUUUGCAUCCAGAUAGUGUAGUGUUUGCGCAAAUAUUGUUAUCAAAAAUAUUUAAAAUUAGUAAAAUCAUGUGGAAAACUGUUAAUUUAAUCAAUUAUCACCUUCCGUUCAACCUAAUAUAAGGAUCUAUGUAUAUAUAGUUUAAAAACAGAGUUGAAAUCGAUCAAAGUGGGUCAUCGCCGUGUUGGUGUUAUUUGAUUACAAUGAAUGAGAAAAAGUUGGUUCAAAACUUCAAGAGUUACAUCAAUGUAUCUCCAUUGAGUAAAGGGGAGAAAAAUGGUUCAUUGCAAGAGGUGAAGCCAAAACUUCUUAAUGGGGAGCUGGUCACAGGUGCGGCGCACAGCGUGGUGAUGCUGACGCCGCUCAGCGAGUGGGACCGCGGCAGGUUCGGCUCGCUCUUCAUCACCAACUACAAACUGUCCUUCGUGCCCUUGGAGAACUCAACCAAUGAUGAGUACUGCCAAAGGAACUAUUUGCUUGGCGCAUUCGACGUGCCAUUGACUGGGGUUGGUGCUGUUUGGCUCACUGAUGGUGGUCCGCAGCGACGGCGGCGGCUCAUGCCCUAUGGAGACAUGCCUGGCAAAGUAAAGGGGCUGCAAGUUAUAUGCAAGAACAUGAAAGUCCUAACAUUCAGCUUCGCAAACUCACCGAUAGACAACGGAAGAAAGAUUGCCCUCGCACUGAUGCACCAUGCCUUCCCGAAGCGACACGACCUACUCUUCGCAUUCGAGUACAGAGAACCAUAUUACCCGACACUACCCUCCGACAUGAACAUGUUUCAAAGGCCAGGGGAUUGGAAGAGGGAACUAGAACGGUGUGAAUGCCCUCAUUGGAGGAUAACCUGCAUCAAUGGAACAUCAGACGCCUUCAUGUUAACGGCAGGAGAAACCCUAAUAGUACCUAGUUCGGUCUUAGAUUACAAUUUGAUGGAAUCCGCGAGACAUUUCCGAUCAGGUCGGGUGCCUAUAUGGGUGUGGGGAAGACCUGAAGGCGCGGCGUUGUUAAGGAGUGGAGAACUGUUGAGUACUGAGCAGUCGGCGACGGCUGAGAGUGUCUUGUUGGAACAGGUGCGUCGCUCCCAUCCGAAAUUAACGCCGCCCCACGUACUUUACCUCUGUGGCAAUACAUUUACGAAUGCUGGUGGGCCGGGCAUUCUUCCGCCGUUGGCCACCUUACAGUCCUCGUAUAAGAAACUUGUCGAACUAUGCACACCGACCACACUUGGACAGUUUUGGAUGCAGGACUCCCAGUAUUACUCGAUCCUUGAUUCGAGUCGGUGGCUGCGCUACGUCGCUAACUGCAUAGCCUUUGCAGACGACGCCGCCCAGCACUUGUCUAAUAAUGUCACCGUCGUCUUACAAGAAGGCGACGGCGUAGAUUACUGUUCAGUAGUCUCCUGCCUCACGCAGCUACUAGUCGACCCUCACUUCCGCACGAUAACAGGCUUCCAGUCGCUUAUACAGAAAGAAUGGAUUGCACUCGGCCACCCCUUCUGUGAUAGAUUCGGUCUCCCCCGGCCCGGCAAUCCUAAAGACUCGACAGCUAAGGACACGACCUCCGCCCAGACCGCGCCAGUGUUCCUUCUGUUUCUCGACUGUGUCUGGCAGCUUAUUCAGCAGUUCCCGGCAGACUUCCAGUUCACUGAGACAUACCUCACGACUCUAUGGGACUGCGCACAUAAUCAUAUCUUUGAUACCUUCCUGUUUAACUGCGCUAGGGAUCGCGAGCUUGCUGUGGCAAGGAACUUCGUACAAAGGCCUGUCUGGGACUGGGGCGAGCAGUUCUCAGAACAAGAUAAGGCGUUAUUCUACAACCCGCUGUAUGGGAUCAAACAGAAUACCGUGCCAUCACAGAGGCUCUCGCAACCCACGUUCCCCAUCAAGGGCGCGGCGGAGCUGCCCCGGCUGGAGGCGUGUACGUCGGUGGCGGGCAUGGAGGUGUGGUCGCAGUGCUACGAGCGCUGGCUGUCGCCGCUGGACGCGCCGCUCGCCGGCGCCGUGCAGUACCACGUGCACAACUACGCCGCGCUCAAACACAUCCACCAAAUAAAGGAGAAGCUGCCGUCCCUGUCAAUAAUGUCGGAGCGGGCGUGUAACGGCGAGACGGAGCCCCCGGCGCGGCGCAGCGUGCCCCGGUUCUACCCGUUCAGCCUGAGCCGCGGCGAAACGCUGUCGCCCGGCCUCGACGCCAUGCAAUUGAGCCUCAUCGACGCCUCGCAACUCCUCGACUCACAGUCCCUUCUCAACGCACCCGACUAAUUACUACAACGCAACCAAACACGUCGCUAAACAGCUAAGCUAUUCCAUCUGUCUUGUACUUAUAACAAUCGAUAGUGCGACAUUGACAAACAUACAUAUUAUGGUACGUUUAUACGCUUGCCGAGACUUAGCAAACGUCCACAAACAUAAGCAUGUGAACAGGGUGUUUGGCGUGGCUUGCAAGAGCUUAACUACUCCGGUCUGGUGUCCGUUUUUAGACACAGAUCAAAGGAAAUUUGUGACAAGCGUUUGCGAUGUAUUUACACAUUGGUGAUGUGAAAAGGCAAAAGCUUGUAAACGUUUGACAAGUCUCAGCAAGCGUGUAAUCGUACCAUUACAUUAUACAACGUGUCUAGCCAAAGCAGGCUUCUAUUUAUCUCUUCAAGUAGUUUGUUGCAUACAUGUCUAACUAGAUUCGCUUCAACG